CUAGCCUUUUAUAGAGUAGAGCUUUUGAUCACAUUUUCAUUCUGGUGUUCUUUGUUUCCAGUUCUAUAUAUAUGUUAUGGAGCUUGAAGUACUUGGUCUACCUCUAAUUCCAACAGGCCAUAGUACUAAUCCACUGGAAGGGUUCGACCGAAACCGAAAUGGGUUCGAGCCGAAUGAUCAGAAAGAAUGCUGUUUGGGAAGAAAAUUUGAUCAUGGAAACGAUUACUACAAGCGAAGUUUCGAAGCGGCUCUCAAUCUUGAGGAAGUAGCUGCUGGGGAUAGUAAUAGAAAUGUGAAGUCGUCUCUGUUGUGUUGGUAUGGACAGCCAAAUGAAGAAGAUGAUGAUGGCAAAGAAGAGAGAAAGGGAGCCUCUUUCACCACUGACAUGAAUGAAGAAGAAGAAGAAGCAGAAAACCAUGUUGUGGGGUGGCCACCUAUAAAGUCAUGGAGGAAGAAGCUAAUGCAUCGCCAGCAAGGUGGUGGGAGGAUAAUGGAAGAUCGGACGGUUGAGAGGGGAAGCCGCGGAUCAAACUCCACGUACGUGGAGGUCAGGCGAUGGCGGGAGUGCCAACCGGAAGAAAGAUCGAUCUACAACUGUUUCAUUCUUCCCGGGCACUUUCAGACACAUUGAUCACCAAGUUUGGUAGUUGUAGUUGUUGAUUUGCGCUUUCUAAAAUCUUUCAUGUUCCAAAACAAGGGUUUAAUCAGUUGAAUUACGCAAUUCUUGACCAGAAGAAUAGUGUGGCUGUGACACUUUGGCAUAGUUAAUUAUGUAAUCUUGCUUGGCUUGGCUUUAGACUUUAGAGUGAUGAUAAAUCAAUCAAAACUUUUUGCUUCAUUC